AGGUAUGACGUCGGGGGAACACUGAAUUUGUAUAUAAUGGCAAUGAUAUCUUGAAGCGUUAGCACAACACUCUAGUCUAUAGCUACCAGCUGCGCACAACAAACUCUGUUACAGCAAUUUUAUCGUUUACGUUUUCUCAAAAUGCUGUGGAAGGCAUUUUGCCUGGUUCUGGCGUGGGUUCUCUUGAAGGUUUUUGUGUCAGUACGAAAAUCCAUUCGCAAACGGAAUGCCCUGAAGAAGCUACCCUCUCCACCUGGUGCGCAUUGGCUGCAUGGCCAUGACAAGCAGGGUCCCUUUGACCCGGGCUACAAGUGGCUGAUUGACACUGUGGCAGCCUUCCCCCGUAUUUACACCUUGUGGCUAGGACCAGCGCCUUUACCUGUGCUGGUCCAUCCCAAAACCAUCAAGCCGGUGUUGACUGGUACAGCGAGCAACAUAAAAGCUGAAUUCUACGACCUUCUACUCGAUUGGUUAGGCGAGGGCCUGGGCACUGCUGAAGGUGCAAAUGGAAGAGAAAUCGGCGCCUUCUGACCCGCUCGUUUCACUUGGACAUCUUGCGCACCUACACUCCUGUUUCAAACGACUGCGUGGAGAUAUUACUCGACAAGAUGGGCCGGGCUGCUGCCCAAGGCCACACAUUCGACAUACACGGCGGUCUUGUGCUGUGUACCUUUGAUGUUAUUAUGCGCACUGCCUGCUCUAACAAGUCAAAUUGUCAGAUAAGGACAGUAGGUCAUGAAAAAGAGAUGAGUGUUCUGUCGGCAUGUGAAACCUUGUUGCGUUUCAUCCAGAAACGGCAGUAUGGCAGUCGGCUUCUUCUUAACCCCUGGAUCUUUCGGCUCAGUUCCAACUAUGCCGAGUAUAAGAGUAAUAUCAAGUUUCUCCACAACUUUGCCAAAAAACUGGUCGAAGAUCGAAAGAAAGAAAUACUGCAAAAGGCUGAAGGAGGUAACCCCAUCACCAAGCCUCGUGAUUUCCUGGACACGCUUGUCAUGGCCAGAGACGAAGAGGGCAGCGGACUCACCGUAAAGGAGAUGGUAGACGAGGUCAACACUUUCCUUUUCGCCGGCCACGAGACCACGGCUACUUUCAUGACCUGGUUUCUGUACUUUCUGUCUAAGUAUCCUGAACACCAGACCAGAAUCAGGGAAGAGGUGGACAAGAUGCUUGCUGGAAGAGACUCCGAAAGGAUUACUUUCAAGGACCUCAGUCAGUUCGAGUACAUGACCAUGGCUAUAAAAGAGUCUAUGCGAAUGAUGACUGCAGGGCCCUUGUUCGUUCGUACGCUAACUGCUCCAUACACGGUAGACGGCUUCACAAUCCCCGAAGGAACCUUGGUUGGAAUUGGCUUCCAUCAGCUCCACCACAACCCGACUGUCUGGGGUGACGAUCACAUGGAGUACAAGCCGUCUCGCUUCCUGCCUCAAAAUAUCGCCAAGAUGGACCCUUUCUCGUACUCGCCAUUCUCUGCAGGGUCGAGAAACUGCAUUGGUCAACAGUUCGCCAUGAACGAGAUAAAGGUAUUCACAGCCAGAAUCCUCAGACGUUUCCGUCUGAGCUUGGUGAAAGGGGAACCAGACCCCAUUCCCUCUAUGAAUAUUUCAUCGAAACCCUUGAAACCUUUGCAUAUCAAUUUGGAAACAGUCUGCAGGGCAUCUUAAGUGCAGAGUUCAGCAAAGUAAAUAAACAAACAGCAAAACCUUUCUGGGAAAAUGGGAGUGGAGAAGGUUGAGUUGUGAAAAACACUCAUGAAGGGUCAGCAGAGCUAAAAACGGAGAAAGUAAUUCAAUUCCAUGUCAAAUACUUAAGAUAAUUUUCCAAAAUUUGUCAAAAGUUUCUUAACAUUAUAGCAAGAUGUAGCUGCAGGAAUUGACUGAAAUUGAAGCUUGGGCCUGCAGGCAUUUGAACUUUAAUAGUAAACUAAUCGCCUUGUGGAUUGCUUUUCAAUGUUUAGGAAUUGCUUGUAAGAUAAAACCUCUCUUGCAUUUAGUUAGCAGUGCUUAACUACCUGCUACAGCUCUAUGCAUUGAAAUUAAAUCGAAGCAGUGGAGCGUAAGAUGUCCUGACGUUUCGAACUUAGCAAGUUCUUCUCAAGCUUCUAGAUGCACUAUUCAUUAUUGACUGCCAGUUUUACUGAGUGUUUAAUUUUCCUUUUAGUUUACAUUUUGCUUAGUUUUCUCAAUAUUGAGGUUACGUGGCUUCUAGCUAGCGCCUUAAAAACUUCUGGCCAGCCCCCCCCCCUCGAACAAAGUUAUUGACAAAUGGGAAGAGCCACCGACACAGGGUUGGAUAGCUCAGUUGGUAGAGAACUGGUACGGUAUUCCGGAGGUCACGGGUUCAAAUCCCGUUCCGUUUAAUAUCUUCGUUCUUUUUAUAAGUCAUUUAUAGGCCUAAGCAUCUAGUUAGUUUCUUUAUAGUUUUUU